CCAUAUAUCCUUCCUUCCCUGCACCGCGCAUCCUCCGCUCGAGAAGCGAAUCACGAGUGUCUGGUGCUGACCGUCAUACUCGCCGUCGACAUCUCCGCAACGAGUCCGCACCGAACAUGUCUUCCACCGGCGUGAACGUCCUCCGAUGGGGAGCGCUGGUCUUUGGCGUCUUCUACGGCUUUUCACAUCAGCAAGUCAUCAGCUCGAGAGACAAGCGGGCCGCAUAUCAGCAUGAAUACGACCGAAAAGCCAAGCUCAUAUCAGAGGCGAAGGCUAAAUUUGCAGAGAAGAGCCGGCCCAGCACUGGCAGCGGUGUGAUAACGAACCCUGACGACCCAAAAUUCGAUCUCGAAGCAUACCUGACACAGGUCGCAAAGGAGAGCCCGUAGGUGUGGAGGAACGAGAUACGCAGGGCAUGAGCGAGACCUAGUUCUCCAGAAGAGCUAUACCAGAGAGCAAAAUUGUCGGCGCUGCGGAUAGAGGUUGCCGCAUCGAGUCAAUCGGACCAUCAAUGCUAUUAGAGGACUUGCAUUCAAUGCUCUACAAAACCAGCUGCCCCAAGACUGACGAAGGCCGGGAAGUGCACCUUCGCCAAGCAAAGAAUCUUGUAUAUACCCUGUAACAACAAAUUCUCCGUCGUCCAGCUUGCCGCGCGAUGUUCUACAUACAUGGCACGCUUCGGGGCGGCCACUGCCGUGGACGGCAAAUACAUUCUCAAUGCGACGCGCAUGGAAGAGCUCCGGAUUUGCAGCACGUGACGGUCCGAGAGAUCUCCAGGCAGCUG